AUGAGGGUCACCAACAAAAUUCUCCACAUCCAUAAAUCACCCUUUUUGACAAGUUUGUUUUAAUCUAUUCAAUUUGUUAUUUUUAACGCAUUGUUGGGCCAAAUAGUGAUAAGAUGUACUUAAAUAAGCAGUCGCAUUAGUGUAUUCAUAAGUGUGUUUAACGGGAUUCGAUGACAUAGAUUUCGAAAAAGAGACAAUAAUGGCAGAUAUCCUCGUCUUGGACUGGAUGGAGGAGUUCGAGUCGCUCACUGAAAGCGAAAUCCACACCUACUCAUCAGAACAAGAACAUAAUCACGAAGUUAUGGUCGCACUUUACGACAUUCUAACGGAGCCCUAUAGGUUUAAAGGGCAAAAUCUGAUUGACGGCAUUUGCCAACAGCUGCUGGACUUUUACAGAUCAGGGGAGGAACAACUCAAGAAGUUCACACUGCAGUAUAUACCAACUUUAGUAUUUUUACAUUUAACUGAGAAAACGUACACUUCGGUACAAACCCUUUUAGUUAGUUUAUACAAUUUGGAGGUCAUAGAUUCUAAAGGGCAGCCCCGGACCCUUUCAUUCCGGGUCCCAAGCAUAGCUCAGUCGUCGAUAUACCACGAUUCCAACAACUUGGAACCGGCUUUUAUCGCCGAAAAUUCGCUACGGCGGUGGGAAGAAUGCAACAGUAAAUUAGUGAGUUGGGGGCCCCUGCCACAAGUUGAGUGUCUGAAUGCUCAGAACCGCCAACGUGUAAUCACCGCACUUGUGUUCCUAUAUAACCAACAACUAGCUAGUGUCAUAUCCCAGGGUAUUGAGCAUACUUGUAGGGGGAUUUCUAGAUUAGUUUCACAAGGAUUUUCUUCCAAUGAUAGUGCAAGAAGUUCAAUAAAUAGUGAUUGUAGUUAUAGCCAAGGUAUUGCUCCUCGCAUUCCCGUCUCUAGUCCAUUACUUUUAGAACUACUUCACAUAGUGUAUCACGGGGCUGAGAAGGGCGUGAACGGGGCCGUCCAGGCCCUCCAUGAUAUCACGCAACGGGCGAAAUACGAGGCAUUUGCCGACGUGCUGUUGUCCGCAAACGCGAUAAAAAAUCUGAUCCAACGCUCGUCCUCCGUGUCUGUAACCCCGCGACCGUCACAAAGUCACAGCAUUUCGAAAUCAAUGAUCACAAACGCGUCAUUCCGAACGAAAAAACUACCUGAUGAUAUACCAAUCCAGGAUGAGCAUCAGACAGAGGUUCCUUUAGAUUCUAUAACAGAGGAGCAGGAAGAGGCUGACAAAAGCAAGCCGAGAGGGUCAGUUAGCGCACUCAAGCAUUUGCCUAAAUUGCCCGGCUUAGGGAAAAAACACAAAGUGAAGAAUCCUCCAAGUGGAGGAGAUCAAGUUGAAAUGCAAAAUGCGGGGGGAGAGUCAACAGCAGAGUCGCCGUCGACAGACUUUAACCAUGCUGUGCACGUUAGUGCGGUUUAGGAACAACAGAGUUUUUCAAAUGACUUAUUUUUUCUAACAAGGUAUACAAUGAAGUUGAUAUAGGUGUUGUUUAGCGCUAGGGACUACUAAUCAACCAAAUAUAUUUUUUAAAGUAUGAAUGCGACAAGGGGCGUCUUGAGGGGGUUUCGAUGCACCAGAGCAGUAGGUUUUGAGUAGAUCUUAGCGAAUUCACUUAGUUCUGACAGCACGUCUUACUUGAACUUAAUUUAACUGAAAGAAGUAUUUUUAUUUAAGUGCUUGGUUGAGUUUUAUUUAUUUACUGAUUCAACACGACGAAAUGGGGGUUUCAUUUUCGUGAUACAUUGGUUAUAUUUCAGGUUUUUUACACGAGACGAAAAAUUUUUUUUACAGAGCUGGAUCUAGUCAUGAUAAAAACGUAAUUGGCACCCUUUUAAGACUAAACUGAACAAUAUUUUACUUCGAUCCGGCUCUGUAAAGUUAUUUGAUACUAUUAUUUAUCAUUUCUUUAUUGGUCAUAAUUAGAGGUCCUAACAGAGAACAAAUUUGGAGUUAUGACUGUGGUGCGGAUUUUUUAAAAUUUAGUUAAAAAUACAUAAACAAAUUGAAAAUACGAUACACGUUGUUACUACAAAAGGUCAGCUUAAAGUAGUAAAAAGUUUCUUCUAUUAUGCUUUUUAAUAAAAUUUUUAUCGGCGUAUUUUAACAAAUUACGUAACAUCAAAUUCCUAUCUUAAUUGAAGCGAAAGUAAAAAUUCUGUCAUUUGAUUCUGCUCCAAUCGUGAAAGUUUCGACGGGGUUUUCACAAACAAGUUAAUUGCAAAAAUCAUUAAGGUGGAAUGCGACUACCGAGGAAGCUUAUCAUAAUAGAUAACGGCGGUAAAAGUGCUAUUUGAACACUGAUUUCAGCCAAUAAUUGCUGUCUAUCAGCGUUUUUUGACGAGGCCUUUUAUAGUAACAAAUACUGAAAAUCUAUUGUCUGCGUCAGUUGUUUAUUCCAGGUCUAUUCAGGUAAUAAUUACAUUCAUUACGUCGUACUUGGCCACUAACGUUGGAUGUAAACGAUUUGCGAAUAAUUGCCUUCAAAUAAUAAUACAUACGUGGUUUACGAUUCGUUAGAGAUAUUGUUCCAUUCUGAUUAAUAAAGCGCCGAGCAAUAAAUGAGAUUUUGUUUUAUCUAUUCGUUACAAAAUAGGUAGUGUUAAAGCAUAAAAAAAUGACGGCAGGUAAUGUGCGCGAAAAACCAUGAUGUAUUAUCUUUUUAUUAGUCUUUCACAUUACUCAUGAAUAAUAAAGUGUAUAAAUUGUUUCGUAUCAGGAAGGUUUCUAACUUGAAGGGUGUCUGAAAUCGCAAGUGCAUGAACACGAAGCAAUAUAUUUAAGUGUUUUGAUUUGGAUGCGUUCCUUUGCGUGCCCUUUUAGUGGGAAGCUCUUUUCUCAUGUCAACUGUAAAUUAUCAGUGUUGUAUUGUUACAAUUAUAUUGAUGUUAGCCAGGUCAUGGGCGAGAUCUGUUGUAUCGUUGAAUAAAACAGCCUUUAAACGAG